CGGACCCUGCCGCACCACAAGGCGCCGUCAACAAGUCGGGUUGUUUGGGAAUGCAGCCCAAAUCGGGCGGUAAACUCCGUCCAAGGCUAAAUACAGGCGAGAGACCGAUAGCGAACAAGUACCGCGAGGGAAAGAUGAAAAGGACUUUGAAAAGAGAGUCAAAGAGUGCUUGAAAUUGCCGAGAGGGAAGCGGAUGGGGGCUGGCGAUGCGCCCCGGUCGUAUGCGGAACGGCUUCUGCUGGUCCGCCGAUCGGCUCGGGGCGUGGACUCUUGUCGGCCAUGCCGGCGGCCUAAGCCCGGGGGCCCUAGGUGCCUCCGGCCACCGUCGUCGGCACGGCCGGUCUCCGCGCGCCGCAAGGCGCACCCCUCGAGGCGCUGCGCUGCAACGGCCUGCGAGCUCCCCAUCCGACCCGUCUUGA